CGGGGCUCGGGGCCGUGAAAGCCUCAUUCAUCGCCGGCGGCGGAGAGGCACGGCCGGGCCCCGCCAUGCGCCGCGCCCCGCUGCUGCUCCUGGCGCUGCUGCUGGGCUCGGGCCUCGCCGACAGCCCGCGGGGCAAACAGCGAGCGGCGCGGCCGCGGGAGGUGCUGGAAGCGUACAACGGCGUCUGCCUGCAGGGCCCCAGCGGCGUCCCUGGACGGGACGGGAACCCUGGAACCAACGGGAUCCCGGGGACACCGGGAAUCCCGGGGCGGGACGGGCCCAAGGGAGAAAAGGGCGAGUGCCUGCGGGAGAGCAUUGAGGAGUCCUGGACGCCCAACUUCAAGCAGUGCUCGUGGAGUGCACUGAACUACGGCAUAGACCUGGGGAAAAUAGCGGAAUGUACGUUCACAAAGAUGCGCUCCAACAGUGCUCUCAGAGUCCUCUUCAGUGGAUCGCUGCGGCUGAAGUGCCGAAGCGCCUGUUGUCAGCGCUGGUACUUCACUUUCAAUGGAGCAGAAUGUGCUGGGCCACUUCCCAUCGAAGCCAUAAUAUAUUUAGAUCAAGGCAGUCCAGAGCUGAAUUCUACUAUCAACAUACACCGAACCUCCUCAGUGGAAGGUCUGUGUGAAGGGAUCAACGCCGGCUUGGUGGACGUGGCCAUUUGGGUCGGGACUUGCUCUGACUACCCCAGGGGAGAUGCUUCUACUGGAUGGAAUUCAGUCUCCCGUAUCAUCAUUGAAGAACUGCCGAAAUAAGUCUCCCUCCCUUUUUAUAAUCCCUAUUUUUAUUUUGUACAAUUUUCUACAAAAAUUAUUUAGAGUUGGAUGCAGGUUUUUGUCUAAAAGGCACCAAACUCUGCACCUGUAGUGUUUGUCUAACCUUCUUUUUUUGCAUAUUGCAGAGGCUUUUAAUAAUAAUCAUUUUAGAAUAUAAGAACCAACUUCAUUAAUGUUUCAUAUCCCUUUUUGAUAUAUGAAGAUAUACCACCACAGUUUUUAAGAGUUAAGUGUAAUUUUUUUGUAUCAAAUAAAGAAGACUUUUCCAUAAAAAUAA